AUGACACAAGAUCUUCAGUCUAGCAAGACUGUCUAUUCCAUCUUCCAGUCCGCCAGCGAGCGCAAAGCAGCAGCUCAAGCGCUCGCAUCUCAAGCUCCGCCGGCUCAUGUGCAGACCCAAGACAUCACCACCAAGGCUGCAAAAGCUACGCGCAAAUCGAAGAAAGCUACCAACGGUCGAAAUGCCACGCUUGAGGUUGGCAAUGGCCGUACACUCGCUUUGGCGGCCCCGAAAGCAUUGGAACCUGCAAAGAGCUCUCGCAAGGGCAAAGGAAGAGCGCCACCUGAGAGCAGUACUUCAGCUAGUGAUGGCGAGGAGUUAGAUAGCUUGGCGCCUGCGAUUGAGUUGACUAGCUCGCCGCCCGGUCAAUCGAGUCGACGCGUCGCAACGACAAGAAGAGCGAUUGAACAGCCCGACAAGCCCCCGCAUCCUUUUUUUGCUCUCAAGUCAAGACCUUCUGUAGCUGUGACGCCUACGAGCGAAGCUGCCCCAAUUGACCUCGAAUUGCCCACAGCGAGGACAAGUUCCAAAGCUGCAAAAGAGUAUGCGAGAUAUUGGCCACCCCGAUGGCCGACGGCAGACGAGCAACACGUCGAAUAUCUGCCUGCUGUCGCGUCAAGCAGAUCAUCGCACGCUCUGCCAAGGCGAGACGACCCAACAGACGCAAGCGUAACUGGCGAUCUCAUGCGCCAUCUCGUCAAUACGCAGCCUGGUACCCAACCUACCAAGAGCCGUAGCAUUCCACUCGGCAUGGAUGAUGUACAGACUUGGUUUCCAAGCCAAAACAUGCGACGGAUACCCCUCAUUGCUCGGUUGACAGAGCAGCUGCCGCAGUCUUCUGCGGCCGAGAUGAAUCGCAUCAUUCGCAAUUGCCGAGCCAGCUCUCGACUCUGGACAGAGACUUUCGCGCCUUCUACGGCCGAACAGAUGCUCGGCGAGACCAAUCGAGCUAGCGCUGCCUACUUGCGCGAUUGGCUUAACGAGCUCACCUUGCGUAGCAUGCAAGCUGCUCCUUGUACUGAUGGCCGGACUACGCCGAUAAGACAGACUAAGAAGCGAACGGUGAUCAGGCAAGUCGACAAAGCCAGCAAACGUAUCAAAAAAACCAAUUCAGACCUCGAUGACUUCCUCGUGUGUGAUGACCAAGAGGCGGCAGAUCAGCAAGACGACGAGACAAACGAUGCGACGGACGCUCUCACGAACCUCAUCGUGCUCUGCGGUCAGAGCGGCACGGGCAAGACGGCAAGCGUUCAUGCAGUAGCAAAAGAGCUUGGGUUUGAGAUAUUCGAAGUCUUUCCCGGUAUCGGCAAACGCAGCGCGAAAGACAUAGAACGCUACGUGGGAGAUAUAGGUCGCAAUCAUCUCGUGCGCAAUGUUGCUUCCCCUCGUCGAGCAGCAAUGCGAACGCCCCCUCAGAGUCCCAGUCGACAGCCUAUCCUGCUCGAUACACCCAAUUCUCCCAUUCGCAACCGCGCAGGUCAAUCUCUCAUCUUGCUGGAAGAAGCCGAUAUCUUGUUCGAAUCCGAUCUUGGGUUCUGGGAUGGCGUCAUCCAGCUCGCAUCGAUAUCGCAUCGCCCCAUCAUUGUCACUUGUAAUGACCUCUCGCUCGUUCCGAGGGAUCUGCUACCAAUUCAGGAGAUACUCUACUACGAAGCACCCCCUCUGCAAGAGACUGUAGCGCUAGUGCAGACCGCAGCUCUACUACAUGGUGUGCUCAUACAAAAAGAGGACCUGUCUUCGCUUUACCGGUCGACGCGGUAUCGGCUUGCAGAAAGACUGUCACCCAGUGAUACUGGCAAUUUGCCUCUCGCCGUACCGCCGCCGGGUGCUUACAGACAGUCUGCAUUCGAUAUUCGCAAACUACUAUCGGACUUGCAGUUCCUCUGCCUUGCGCCUCUGCUGUCAACCUCGCCUGAUCUGGUCGACUUGAUCGAAAUCGCGCUGCAGUCGAGGCCCAACAAUGCCAUGACGGACCAGAUUCAGCUGAUUACGGGCUGGAACGCAGAGUGCGAGCCGUCACCGGAGAUGAUCACGGGAGCGUUGGAGUCUCAAGAGGCGCUAGACGAGCAAAAGAUCGAUGACGAGCUUGCGAUGACCUACAUCGCGAGCAAACCCAAUGGUACCUGCUCAUUCGCAAUCGAGCUCGACGUCCUCGACACUUUACGUGAUUGUGAUUUCAUCCGAGACUGGCUCUUACCCGAUGCACCCAACGAGCUCAGCGAGACUUCCUUCGCUUCUGCAAGGUCCGAGCAUGCAAUUGUGCUGGAUACGAUCAGCAACCGGUUCAUGGAUUCGCUCGCGCCCCUCUUGCCACAUCCAGCCGUGGCAAGUUUGUACAUACCCUACAUCAGAAGUAUGGUCAUGGCAGACGAAGCACGUAAGACUGCAGCAGAAGCAGAAUCUGAUCUGGCUCGCGUCGGCCGACGGCGCAGCACGCGAAUUUCCGGCGUUCAAGCAGUCAUGAAGUUCCAGCUGGAAGAGGAUGUCUUGACGAGCAUCGUCGAGUCAGGCGCGGCAUUCGAUCUGUCUUGA